AUGGACAGCGCACGUACCGAGAUCGAGGCCAAGGUCGAACGUCAGCUAGCCAUCUUGACCCGAUUCUCCGGUUCUGUUUGGGCCACCCAUCUCUUGGACCUGGUUACACUCUACGCAACCAAGAUACGCUCAACAAUUACCUACGCGUGCCCCGCGUGGUUCAUUUAUGGUGACUCUGAAAACCUUGACUUGUGCUUGUCUGGACUGGGCGAGCCCCAGUGGGCCAAGGAACAUGGAGAUGGGAAGCCGAAUUGGAGCUUCCCCGAGUACAAUCUUGACAGGCUCAAGAACCUGUAG